UAUCUCUUUUCAGUUUGUAAACAAAACGCGGCUUUUCCACAAUUUUCCUCAAUUUUUCUUUCGAAAAAACACCACAAAUGGAAGCCGGAAAAGUAGAAGAAACUGUGAUAAAUUGGAAGAACUUUAGCGAAUACAAAAAUGACUUCAAGGAAGUGUCCAAAAGUGUUCUGGAGCAAACGGAAAUACCAAAAGAAGAAACGGAAGAGGAUGAUUUUGUAAUCCUGAGAAAAAUAUCUUCUAUAUUUGCAAAAUUUGGUGCUUCAACAAAAACGGGGUCAACAAUUGAAGCCCCCCAGGGAAGAAUUGAGGAUUUAUUUUCAAAACGACGAAUUUCCGGUGAAAGUGACAACGAGGUGUUCCUGCAGGAAAUUCAAGAAAAAACGAAAGAUUUGAGAGAAAUCAUUGAGAGGAAUCGUAAAAUCUGUGAACCGUGUAAUCCAAAGGUGGACAAACUUUGUAAGGAUCAGAAGGAUACGUUGCAAAACGACGACAGAGCUGAAAAAUUGCAGAAUGUCCAGGAUAUCUCUUCCAGGAUGGUGAAGAUGAUGAAGAAUGAGGACGAAUGCAGGGACGCUAUUCGGCAGUGUCUGGAUGAAGACAGGGAAGCGGAUGCGAAAACGACGAACGAGCUUCUUGAAUUAAUUAUUGCUCUUGAAUUAAAAUGAAGAUCACCCAACUA